AUGGAAGAAUCUGCUGUUUCAAAAGGUGCAGGGGAUGCUAAAGAAGGAAAUAAUUAUCCCGUUGGUAGUGUCGAUGCAGUUUCAAAGGAGAACAAUGGGACGAAAUAUGAAAAGAUCUUGAAGAAAGAUACCGAAUCAAAGAUCUCGCCAGUUAACGUGGCCGAUUCUGCAACCAACCAGAGUUUGAUAAGUUCAGUGGUCUCACCGAGGUUGGAAGAAGAAUAUCCGACUGUUGAUCAUCCCACCAGCCCAUCUCCAUAUCUCUCAGUUGAUCAGUCGUCCAUCUCUGCAAUGCAUCACAACACGUCAGGCGGAUAUCCUUAUGAACAGGACACACUGAGGUCAGGACACUCACAGUUUGAUUCAUCCAUCAAUAAAAGUCUGCACUCCUCAACAUUUGGAAUCCCCAAUAAGCAGUUCUACAAUAUGAGCUACCUGGAAAGGGUCGGGACAAAUACGAUCUUAAGGAGGGAAGGAAACCAUAUGAAUCAAGGAUUGGAUGCAUUGGUGAGAAAUUUGAAUGCUGCUGCAUCCGUCACUUUAAAUGGGAGAUCUCUAUCAACGCUUCCUACUUAUUCGGCUACACAUCUCGAUGGUGGCCUGGAUAGAACUCACAGUAAAAAUAAUGUGAGAAAUAAAUCUGAAAGAGAUCUGCUAGUAACUUCCAGCCAGGAAAACAGCUCUGAUGUAAAUGAUUCUUCAAAAAGUCAGGCCUUUGUUAAGCUUGAGAAAAAGAUAUGUGAACUUGAGAAGAUAGCUAGCAUGGAGUCGGGUGCGGCUGCUGUUAUCCUGAAAGAGCUUAAAAAACAAAGGUCAGUCGAGGUUGAAGUGGAUCCGCGAGAUACGUCACGUGAUCCAUCUGCUGAAAAAAGUUUACCCAUCGUCUUCAAAUGUCAGAGACCAAGACUUGCUUCACCAACAGGCACUCUCCAAAGAUUCGCUGCCAUGAGUGAUGGUAGGAGAUGUGUAUCGUCCAUGAUGAAUCAUCCCAACUUUGCACUGCCGAGGUGUCAUUCAUUAAGAUACAAGUCCGUCCUAUCUUCACCUGCUGACAAUUACAAGACGAACGUGGACAGCCUUCCAAUGCAUUCAACUCCUGUGGUGGAUGUGGCGAGGAAGUUGUAUUCAGCGUCGAAUGAGAAUGAAGCAGUGGAUGGUGUGGUCAGGGACCCAAUAACUGGACUCAAAAAACGGUCGUCCAUUAAGAUGAGGUCAUUCACCUUGUCACCAUCUUGCGACUCCCCAUUGACGAACGUGACGUCAUCGUACAUGCAACAAGAUGAACAACAGCCACACCCACGUCAUAAAACACGUUGGCAGCAGCAUCAACACGAAUAUGACUAUACGUUGAGUGAAUUGCAAGAUGCACUGAACUGCAACCAACUACAGUUGGAUAGGGAUUGCUUGGAGGAGUAUCUGUCUAAUAUGGAGUUUGAAAGUUUGUUCAAGAUGCCCAGGAACGAGUUCAGAGCACUACAAGCGGAUCAACAAAUUUUAUUGAAGAAGAAAUAUUUAUUAGCUUGAAUCAUUUUUUAAAAAUUUCAUCCAAAAUCUUAAAUUUUAGUUUGUUUGUGGGAUUACGUAAGAAUUUUUUCCACUAAAUUUAGGUUUUUUAGUAGGUUUUUUGAAUGGGUGACCCAAAAUAGUUUUUUUUUUUAAAUAUUUUUAAAGUACUCUCGAGAAUUUUCAGUUGUUAUUCAGUGAUGAGGAUUACACUGGUCGUUGUUUAUUUGAAUUCGACCACGUAUCAUCAUUGUUAGCUUCGAAACUUUUGUUUUUAGUUGAAUAUCCGAAUUAUCGCAAUGCUUCUCAACAUCGCUU